AUGCCCGAAAAGCGCACCGAGCUGCUCGUGGCCCCGGUGCCGACCGGCGAGAAGAGCGAAUUCCCCGAGUUGGCCCAGCUGGCGGCUCAGGUUGGCGAUGGCCGUCUCCUGAAGAUGGAGUACGACUACACAAAAGAUGUCGACGCCGCCCUCCCAAAUGCCGAUAUUCUUGCCAAGACUGGAAACGUGGCGGGUGCUGUCGAGUCGUUGAACACACUGGAGAAGCAGUCGCGUCUCGGCAGUGAUAUGAAGAGCAAUGCCCGCGUCGUUCAACAUAUGGUCCAGAUGUGCUUUGACGGGAAACAAUGGGAUCUGCUAAACGAGACAAUUCUGGCAUUGUCGAAGAAGCGGCUUCUCAUCAAGGUGGCCAUCGCUCGAAUGGUUCGCAGCUGUUGUCAAAUGGUUGAAAAGAUGCCAACUGAAGAAUUGAGGAUGAAGCUCAUCGAGACACUCCGCACUGUCACUGCUGGAAAGAUUUACGUGGAAGUGGAACGGGCUCGUUUGACGUCGUAUGUCGUCAAGAAGCUUGAGGCACAAGGAAAAUUGGAGGAGGCGGCGACGAUGCUUCUCGAGCUCCAGGUCGAGACGUACGGCAGUAUGGAGGUCAAGGAGAGGGUGGAAUUCCUUCUGGAACAGAUGCGACUAUCUGUUGCUCGUGAAGACUACGUUCGUGCCAGCAUCAUUGCCAAGAAGAUCAGCACCAAGUUCUUCACCAAGGAACCUGUUGAGGAUCAGGUGCAAAAUCUGAAGCUCAAGUUCUACGAGUUGAUGAUCACCGUCGGCCUGCACAACAACAACUAUUUGGACGUGUGCCGCCACUACAGGGCAAUCCAAGAGACGCCAAAGAUCCUCGGUGAUCUGGAGAAGAACAAGAUGGCCCUGAAGUGUGCCGUCAUCUACGUGCUGUUGGCCCCGCAUGGCAACGAGCAAUGGGAUCUCGUCCAUCGUCUCGUUCAGAUGCGCGAUUUGGAGUCGAUCCUCGAGUAUAAGAAAUUCCUCGAGCUGUUCAUCAACCAGGAGAUCAUCAGCUGGACCGAGUUGGGCAAGACGUACCAAGCACUCCUUCGCGUCGGCACCCCCGCCAAUCCGGCUACUGGGAUUUUCGACGACUCGGCCAAUGGCAACAAGCGUUGGGAGGAUCUGCACGUACGCGUUGGAGAACACAACCUGCGCAUGGUGUCGAAGUACUACACGCAGAUCACGUUCGACCGCCUCGCCGAGCUGCUCGAUUUCCCUGUCGCUGAGAUGGAGCAAUUCCUGUGCAAUCUGAUCGUCAACGGCAUGAUCCCGAAUGCGAAGAUCGAUCGCCCGAAUCGUAUCGUCAAUCUGAAGGCCAAGAAGGCACACGUCGACCAUCUCGAUCAAUGGGCCGACAAUGUGCGACGAUUGACCGACACCCUCAACAAGGUCUCGCAUCUGAUCCUGAAGGAAGAGAUGGUGCACAAGAAUCUCGAACAAGUCUCCGCCAUCCAU